UCCUUUCUCUCAUCGUCGGUGACUAAUGGGGAUAACGCAAAUCUUAUAAUCCCUGUCAAAGCGUCAACCAAACACCAUUUUCCUUACCUUAUCCCCCUUUUCUGUUUUUCUAUUCCCCUAAAACCCCGUCCCCGUUAUUCUUCUGCUAUUCCUCAGUAAGUCUGUAAUUGGUUGUCCGGGGAUAGGAAAAUGCACGCCAAAACUGAUUCCGAGGAUACCAGCUUAGCCCCGUCGUCGCCGGACCAUAACCGGAGACCGGUGUACUACGUGCAGAGCCCGUCGCGUGACUCUCACGAUGGGGAGAAGACGACGAUGUCCUUUCACUCCACUCCCGUGCUCAGCCCUACCGGCUCCCCUCCGCACUCCUCCGUCGGCCACCACUCCCGCGAGUCCUCCUCCACGCGCUUCUCCGGCUCGCUCAAGCCCGGAUCCAGGAAGAUCACGCCCAAUGACGCCGGAUCCGGCGCCGGCGGCCAGGGCCGGAAGGGGCAGAAGCCGUGGAAGGAAUGCGAUGUGAUUGAGGAGGAAGGGCUUCUCGAAGAGGAUCGCUCUCGCAAACCCCUCCCGCGCCGCUGCUAUGUCCUGGCUUUUCUUCUCGGCUUCUUCGUUCUCUUCUCCUUCUUCGCUCUCAUUCUCUGGGGCGCCAGUAGACCCCAAAAACCUAAAAUCUCCAUGAAGACUAUCACCUUCGAGAGUUUCGCAGUUCAAGCUGGUUCAGAUCAUACAGGAGUUGGCACUGACAUGAUUUCCUUGAAUUCCACUGUGAAAUUCCUUUACCGCAACACUGCUACGUUUUUUGGUGUCCAUGUUACUUCCUCCCCCGUUGAUCUCUCAUUUUCAGAAAUCACAAUUGGCUCCGGAACACUGAAGAAAUUCUAUCAAUCAAGAAAGAGCCAGAGGACAGUAGCGGUAUCAGUGGUAGGGAAUAAGAUUCCAUUAUAUGGAAGCGGGGCCAGUUUGAGCACGCCAACAGGAACUGCAGCCCAGCCUGUGUCAUUGAAACUGAGCUUCGUGCUAAAAUCAAGAGCGUACGUCCUGGGAAAACUGGUGAAGCCCAAGUUCAACAAGAAAAUCGAGUGUUCCAUCGUUCUUAAUCCCAGCAAGCUCAACCACCCAAUUUCACUCAAGAAUGCCUGUGAAUAUGAUUGAUUGAUGAUGAUGAUGAUGAGGAGUCGGUUAUGGUGGGUGAAGUUUUGAGUUUCUCUUUCGUUUCUAUGGUCAUUGAAGAAAAUGGUAAUGGUGCAUAGUUGAGGACAGAGCUGGACAGAGUUUUAGGAUGGUGCUGCCUCAGUGUUUUGGGAGACUAUUAUGGCUGCCCAAAGAGUGGGAAAAUGGAAAAUAUAAGCUUGCUGGAUUUGGUUGUGACUUGCUAGGACUAGAAUCUUAAACAAGUUUUUGUACCAGCCACCUAUUAUGAUGGAAGUAAGAAUGUGACAAUAUUUAUUUCCUUUGUUUAUUCAUGUUAUAUAUAAAAUAGCCUGUAAUAAUUUAUUCCCUGUACCACCAAUUUCGUAUAGUAUAAUGUUAUUUAUUUAUUUAGAUUCGCAA